AUGGUUGGGGUUCCCGGACGCUCCAAGGGCUGCAAUACGUGCCGCAAGCGAAAGAAGGGCUGUGACUUGCAACGUCCUUCAUGCGGGCAGUGCCAGAAGGCGGGGAUCCAAUGCGCUGGUUACGAGAGGAAGCGCAUCUUUGUCAAUGUCACCAACCUAAGCGCCUGCAACUAUCCAAAAGCGAUGGUCUCCGUUGCACGUACAAUCUACCAACCACCGCCUCUAUCUCAAUCUGCCUAUGAAGAAAAGAUAUUCGAUCUGUUUUGGCACGGUUACAUGCCCGAAACCCCACUAUGCGUCCCCGGAAACACUAUCGUGAGAUACUCAAAUGGCGACUGGGCGACAACGGUUCGUGACCUCUAUCGCACCGAUGCUGCGUUACGGCAGAGUCUACUGGCACUCAGCCUCGGGACAAUUGGUCGACGAGAGAAGCAACAGUGGAUGAUCGAUGAUGGCCUCAAGUUCUAUUGCGACGCCCUCAGUGAGCUGAAUGUCGCGUUGCGAAACCCAAAGAGACGGAAGACAGAUGCAUUGAUGUUGGCUUCGAGACUUCUUGGCUUCUAUGAGCUACUGUACGGAGCCGACGACAGAGAGCGACAUGGAAUCUCUCAAGCUGAAAGCUGGGAAGGCCACGCUUUGGGUGAGAUGGCCCUGGUCUUGCAGCGAAGACCGGAGGCCCACGUGCAGGGCCCGGCGCACGAUUUGUUCUCGUCAGGACGAAUUCACUUGAUCAUUACCUUCAUCAAGCGCAGACGAAGAUGCCCGCUCAGCCACCCUGUUUGGAAAACAGUCCCAUGGCAAGACGUCCCGAAAACCCCAAAAGACGUCUUAGUCGACAUCUUCGUUGACGUACCUGGCAUUCUUGAAGACCUGGACUGCAUGAGGAACUGCAAAGACGAGUUCGAGAAAGAAUCAAGGCGCACCAGACUCGUCAGAGAAUGUUGGCGCAUUGACGAAGAGCUCACGUGGUGGCUGGAGAACUUGAGCCCCAAAAAGGAGCUCGAGGAACUCAUGGCCAGGGGCCUCGACAACCCAUCGGCCUGUGAUGUUGCCAUUGCUUCCAUCAUGGCUCUGUGUUGGGCGGUAGCACUCUUGUCAUACAGCACUCUCCGCUUUGCCAUCGGUAAGAAUGCUGGCUUGGAGCUGCCCGAGCGGACAGACCCCUCCAUUUAUUGCACCAAGAUAGCCAACAUUGUCGAAGUCUUUUUCCAUUCUUCGGCAGGCACUUUUGGGAUACAAUCCGCACCGUUUCCGAUCGGCAUGGCUUUGGUGUACCUCAACUCGUUCGACGAGGGGUUCAACUCUGAGACGAAAUGGAAGUUGCUUAGCUUCUUCGGGCGCACAGCGAGCAACGGAAUCGGCAUUGGCAAGUUUCUCCUGAGCACCCAACGAGCUGGACUGGAGUCAGCCACUACCACGCCAGUCGCGCCCGAAGGUAUCAGGACCAAGGCGAGGGGCUGGAUUGGCACUGCAGCUUGA